CAUAAUGAACCACUUCUAGCGGAGAACCAAAAAGUGUGAUUUACACGAAAAUCGAAACAUCUAAAGACAAAAUAAACAAAAUGGACGCAAAAGAAAGGAAUGAACGCAAAAAAGAGAAUAUAAUACAGAAUAUACGCAACGAGCUGAAGAAGAAGAUCAGCAACAAGGAGCACUUGCUCAUCGAAAGCGACCGGGCGGUGGUGGUGAAGGCCGACUAUCCGAAGGCUCAGUAUCACUUUCGUGUGGUGGCCAAAGAGGAUAUCGCGGAUGUGACCAAGCUGUCCAGCGAUCAUCUGCCGCUGCUGGACCACAUGAUGGACCUGGCCGUGCAGAUUAUCGAGAAGCAGGACCACCUGCCGUCUCGCAACUUUCGCAUUGGCUUCAAGGCGGACCCAUUUUGGGAUCGGCUGAACAUGCACGUAAUUUCCGAUGACUUCUACUCGCAGUCGAUGAAGCGCAUCAAGCACUGGAACAGCUUCAACACGGAGCUCUUUAUGCCGUUUCAGCAGGCCUACAUAAUGCUGAGCUCUGAGGGCGCCAUCGAGCCCCUCUCCGAGGAGGAGUCCGAAAAGCUGAAGUUUCAAGUGCCUCUCCACUGCAAUCAGUGCGACUUUGAAUCCCCAUUGUUGUUGGGCCUGAAGGCCCAUCUCUACACCCAUUGGCAGCAAAAGGAGUCCGAGCGUCAGACAAAUAAGAAAAUGGAAAAAAUUGUCAAGUUGUUGGACGAAGCCAAGUUGGAGGACAACGCCAAGCCGGAAGCUGCAUCGCUCGAGGAGCCAGCGAUCAGCUCCAGCACCAGCGCCAGCUCCAGCACCAGUGAGAAUUUGUACGGGCCAACUGUAAACCUGAUGAAUCGGGAGAACAUCAAUAACCCAUUUAGAGGCACGCCGCCACGCUUCGGGAUUGCUGCGGCGCCAGUGCCACAGCGAGCCGGCAACCCUUUCGGCUAUGCGCCGCGUCCACAGCGGGCCGGCAACCCCUUCGCACGUGCGCCGCGUCCACGGCAGGGUGUUUACUCCUACGGAUAUUCGCCGCGUCCACAGCAGGGCGGACCGCCAACACAGCCAUUUGGUAAUUUUCACCCCAAUAUGGUUAUGGUGUCUGCGCCCAUGGGCCCGCCUAGGUUUCCCCCACCAAACCCGCAGCCUCUGAUGGAUCCAAAUACAGUAUUUGCACAACUGAACCAGCAGCAUAGAUUUGCUAGAAACAUUCAACAGAACCAGCGGCCUCGUGGCCCACAUCCACAACAGAACCAGCGGCCUCGUGGCCCACAUCCACAACAGCACCAGCGGCCCCGAGUCCCAAAUUAUCAUCAGAAUCAGGUGGCUCGUGCUCCAAAUGAACCAUCGGGUGGUCCAUCUGUGCCUCGUGCUCCAUGUUCACCAGAGAAGCAACCCCAGAACCCACCACAGCUCACGUAUGAUCCAAACCAAACGGGAUUCCCACCGAAAAACAAACCCAAAUACUAUAAAAAAAAACCAGCUGCAAAUGCGGGCAAGCCUGCAUCCAAGUAGGGAAUGAAUCGAUCUUGCAAGCAAGCUGAAAGCUGCCUGCCAGUGUGUCUUCUAAAUGGUAACAAAAUCUAUAAUUGUUAAUUACUUAAUACUGAAUCAACAGACUCGACUCUUGCAAAGAACGAAAUAAUAUAUAUUGAAUAUAUAUGAUCAAACCAAAACGAAACGAAAACUCAUACAGGAAACAUUUACAAGAGCAAAUUACAUUUAAAACAGCAUUUUCAUUUGUAUGCUUAAGGAACGCAUUUAAUUUAAGGUUCAUUCCAAUUCCCAUCAGAUUCUAUGCCAAAAAUAUAAAUUCCUUAAAGAAUCGAAAAUAUUAC